AUAUUUAUACACCGCGGAAAAAUUCAUAGUUGCACAAGACGUAUGGUAUUCUGGGUCUGCAUUAAUGCACUAAAUCAUAAUAUGGACGAAUAUGAAUUGGAGUUGCGAGACGUCUGAUGUGUGCGCGCGGUGUUUGGCAAACUGCUCUGCGUAAUAAGCUUACGUCACUUUUUCGGGGACCUCAUAUGAAGUCCGAGAGCGCAGAAGAAAGUUCAGAAGGGGAGGCAGGACUACCUUGGAUAGCCCUGCAGUCUCACUUAUGGUUCUAAAAAGCCUGCGCUUCCAGCUUUCGUAUUCUUUUUCCAGUUGUUGUUAUAUACUUCAAGACUGAUUGUAUUUGACAAGGAAAUAACCGAGACAAACAUGGAACUUCUUUGCCUCGAGGUGGACAAUAUCAUAAGAGCCAGUCCCGAUCCGAACCUUCUUUACGAUGACAGGGUUUUACAGAGCCUGUUAACCAUUGAGGAAAGGUUUAUACCCCAAUACUCGUAUUUUAAAUGCGUACAGAGGGACAUUCAGCCAUAUAUGAGGCGGAUGGUUGCAACUUGGAUGCUGGAGGUUUGCGAAGAGCAGAAGUGCGAAGAGGAAGUCUUUCCUUUGGCGAUGAACUACUUGGACAGAUAUUUAUCCGUGCAGGCGACGAAAAAGUGUCAUCUGCAGCUGCUGGGAGCGGUGUGCAUGUUCCUUGCGUCAAAAUUAAAAGAGACGCGUCCAUUAACCGCAGAAAAACUGUGCAUCUACACUGAUAAUUCCAUCAAAACGCAAGAGCUCCUGGAAUGGGAACUGGUAGUCCUCGGGAAGUUGAAGUGGAACCUGGCAGCAGUCACCCCCAACGACUUCAUCGAACACAUCGUCCGGAAGCUUCCGUUGCCCAAGGACAAGCUGGCGCUGGUCCGCAAGCAUGCGCAGACGUUCAUCGCCCUAUGUGCCACAGAGUUUAACUUCGCCCUCUACCCUCCGUCCAUGAUCGCCACGGGCAGCGUGGCCGCUGCCAUUUGCGGCCUGCAGCUGGACAGCGUGGACCAGGCCCUGCGGGGGGACAACCUGACGGACCAGCUAGCUAAGAUCACCAACACGGAAGUGGACUGCCUGAAGUCGUGCCAGGAGCAGAUCGAGCGGGUGCUGGUGAGCAGCCUGCGGGAGAGCCGUGUCGGCCGGAAGGGUCAGGAGGAGCAAGACCAGUCCAGCACCCCCACGGACGUCAGGGAUGUGAACCUGCAGUGAGGCCAGCAGGGGGCGCCUGGCAGGGCAGACUGACAGAAAAAACUGAGACAAAAAAAGCAAGAAAAAAAACAAAAACAAGAAAAAAAUCAGCCCCAACGGAACCAUUUUCUGUUUUGUUUUACAAAAACCUGCUCCCAUAUAUACACACAGAUAUAUACA